CUUCAUUUCAAUCACAUUAUCAGUAGAAAAAUGGCGAAACGAUUUUUAAUUUUCUGGAUAGGCUUGGCCCUUACUCAGGGUCUAUUUGCCCUAAGUCCUAUUCCUGUUGAUGAGGAUGAGUGGGAAUCUUUUCUAACAAUGCUGCGUGAUCCAGCGUAUCGUCUCCCUACAUCAACACGUCCUAGGCAUUACGAAGUAAAUCUGACUCCUUACUUCGAAACAGUUUCCAAUGGUGAAAUUCCUUUCACUUUUGACGGCCACGUUACAAUUUACACGAGACCAACAGUGGAGGAUGUCAAUGAAAUAGUCUUGCAUUGUAAUGAUUUGAUUAUCCUAUCACUAUCCGUUCAGUACCAACUAGGUAACGAAACCGAAAUCAUUUCAUAUCCUGAUCGAAACUAUGAGUGCGAGAUGCCUUAUUCAUUCUUGAGGAUACCAGUUACACAAACUUUACAACUAAAUCAAGAGUACAUAAUAAAAUCGACGUUCAAAGGUAACCUACAGACUAACAUGAGAGGAUUCUAUAGAAGUUGGUACGAAGACAGUACUAGCAAAAGAUGGAUGGGUACCACGCAAUUCCAGCCUGGUCAUGCGCGACAAGCGUUCCCCUGCUAUGAUGAACCUGCCUUUAAGGCAACAUUCGACAUCACCAUAAAUCGCGAACCCGACUUCAGCCCUACUAUCUCCAACAUGCCACUGAAAGGUCCUGGCGAAGUAUUAAGUGACGGGAGAAUAGCUGAAACUUUCGAAACUACUAUGUAUACUUCAACUUAUCUUCUUGCUUUUAUCGUUUCCCACUAUACAAUAGUAUCAGAGGGUACCAACGCUACCAGACCUUUUAAUAUUUACGCGAGGGAUAAUGCCGGCUCUACGGGUGACUGGUCUUUGGAAAUCGGAGAACUCCUUUUGGAAGAGAUGGAACGAUAUACUGACUUCCCCUACUAUACUAUGGCCGACAACAUGGACAUGAAACAGGCAGCCAUUCCCGAUUUUUCUGCUGGCGCUAUGGAAAACUGGGGUCUUCUCACUUACAGGGAAAUGAACAUCCUCUAUGAUCCGUUGAAUUCCAAUCACUUCUACAAACAACGUGUAGCUAAUAUUGUGGCACAUGAGGUUGCACAUAUGUGGUUUGGUAACCUUGUUACUUGCGCCUGGUGGGAUGUUCUUUGGCUAAAUGAAGGAUUCGCUAGAUUUUACCAGUAUUUCCUGACAGAACGUGUUGCCCCAUAUCUACAUUAUGAAACCCGCUUUAUCGUAGAGCAGGUACAUGUCUCCCUUCUCUCGGAUUCAUGGGACUCUGCUCACGCUUUAACUGAUCCUAGUGUUGACAACCCCGCUUCUGUCAGCGCACACUUUUCCACCAUAACGUAUGCUAAAGGCGCUUCUGUGCUUCGCAUGACUCAGUACUUACUCGGAAAGGAUACUUAUGAAAGGGGACUUCGGAAUUAUCUUAAAGACAGACAAUUCGACGUCGCGGAUCCAGAAGAUCUAUUUAACGCUUUGGAAAUAGUUGCCAAGGAGGAUGGUGCACUAACGGCGUACGACGGCAUAACCGUGACCAGCUAUAUGAAAUCUUGGUCUGAACGUGCCGGCCACCCACUGCUCACCGUUACAGUAAAUCAACAGACAGGACAGAUUAUUGUCUACCAGGCUCGUUUCAAUCUCAACACUGGAGUAUCUGAAAUUCCAACAAUUUGGGAAGUCCCUAUCACAUGGAGCAGAGGUGGCGCCCCUGAAUUCACAAACUUAAAACCCUCUGUUGUCCUGAAAGAACAAGUGACUGUACUUCAGCGAGGCACUAUCGGCUUAGAAUGGGUCAUAUUUAAUAAACAACAAACUGGUUUCUACAGAGUCAACUAUGACAAUACAAACUGGGCUCUCAUUACACGAGCAUUAAGAGGUCCCAAUAGAACAGACAUCCAUGAGUAUAACCGUGCUCAGAUUAUUGAUGAUCUAUUCCUCUUUGCAAGAUCCGGUUUGAUGCCCUAUAACACGGCUCUAAACAUCCUUUCGUUCCUGGAGUUUGAAGAUGCGUAUACUCCUUGGAUGGCCGCAAUUACCGGAUUCAAUUUUCUUAUCAGAAGAUUGGCACACGAUCCAGAAAACUUACAAAAGUUAAAUAAUCUAAUCAUCGAAUGGAGCGCGGCGGUGACAGCCAAACUUCGGUUUGCAGAAAUAUUUGAUAAGGACAAUUACGACAAUUACUUGGAUGACCUGCAGCGUAUGUACGUUAUGGAAUUCCUUUGUAACGUUGGUCAUAGAGAUUGCGUAAGCUCGGGUUACCAGAACUUCCAACAAUGGAGGCACAUUGACGGAUUUGUACCACCAAACAUGAGACCUUGGGUAUUCUGCGUGGGAUUGCGCCAAGGCAAUUCUGCUGAUUUCGAUUACUAUUGGAAUCGUUAUCUUCUGCAGGACGUUGCUAGCGAUAAAGUGGUUAUGCUGCAAGUAGCCGGCUGUACCACUAAUGAGGCCAGUUUAGAGAAAUUCUUGGACGCUAUCGUAGCUGAUGACGAUGCAAUUCGUCCUCAAGAUUUCAAUACAGCACUCAACUCUGCUGUUAGCCGUAAUGAAGAAAACACACUCAGGGCGUUCAAAUGGCUUCAGAAAAAUAUCAAUCGGACCACUGAAACACUUGGUAGCGUGUCAACGCCUGUAAGCUAUAUCGCUGCGCGCCUUCUAAAUGAAGACCAAAUUAGUGAGUUCCGAAGUUGGCUACAAGAGGUCCGUGCAGAAAUCGGCGAGGCAGCAUAUAAUACUGGCAUUAAUGGAAUAGCUACAGCUCGAAGCAACCUUGAAUGGUCCGCUAAAAGGAUUGAUGAACUUGUUAUCUACUUCGAAACUGGCUACGUUGAAGAUAUCAUCGAAGAAGUAUGCUAUUUCCUCGACCACACAUUCAGCCAGGUAAUAUUGAAUGCUUCUGUAUUCAAAAAAACGAAAUUAAAUGGGAAAAGGCCCGAUGGAAUGACUCUGGUGCCGUGGGAGAGGGAUAGGUGUCUCCUGUGGGAUGCGACAUAUGUUAGCAUAUUUGCAGCUUUGCAUCUCAGUGGCACAGUGACUUCAGCUGGUGCAGCUGCUGAGUCCGGUGCUCGCAAGGAACGAGACAAAUAUCGUGAUUUGGAAAGUCGCUACAUUUUCGUUCCGCUUGCUGUUAAGACGGCGGGUUGUUGGUGUAGCGAUGCGAAAAAGUUUGUAGCGGAAAUUCGGCGACGGCUAAAGGAGAGUGAAGAUAACUCCCGCGCCGGGUUGUUCUUGGCGCAAAGAUUGUCCAUUGCCAUACAGCCGCUUGGUGUCGCCGUGGUCAGAAUGGGUUCUACAAUGUUCCUCCUUUUCGUCAUUGGGGCUGUCGCUGCGACCCCUACGACUGAAUUGCGGGCAAACAUGGACUUUGAAGAUUUCUCUACUAACUUGGAUGAUCCCAAGUACCGUCUGAAGGACAUCGUGCAGCCGCUCCGCAUCAAUGUAGACCUGGACGUCUAUCUGUCCGAGUCUCGUUUCAAUGGUAUCGUACAACUUGAAGUCGAUGUCACAGUCUCAGAUUUAACCGAGAUUGUUCUCCAUCAAAAAGUGGUAGAAGUUAACACAGUUACUAUAAUGAAUUCAGAAAAUCAACCCGUCUCACUGAAUAACUCUUUACCUUUCGAUGUAGACGACUAUUACGAAAUACUAAUAAUAAAUUUAGUUAAUCCCAUACCUGCUGGUAUCUACACAAUCACCAUAGCUUACCUUGGUCAAAUCAAUGAGAAUCCUAUAGAUAGGGGAUUUUACAAGGGUUAUUACUACGAUGACAAUACUCUCCGUGAAUACGCAACCACUCAGUUCCAGCCAUUCCACGCUAGGAAGGCAUUCCCGUGUUUCGACGAGCCACAAUUCAAAUCACGUUUCGUUAUUUCCAUUACACGUGACAGUGCUCUGCAACCAUCUUUCUCAAAUAUGGCUAUCAAUGACACCCAGGUGGUCUCCCCUGGCCGCAUUAGAGAAACUUUCCUACCUACUCCCAUUGUAUCUGCCUACCUAGUGGCGUUCCACGUGAGCCAUUUUAUACCUACCGACUAUUCUGGCAACCCAGAAAAACAGUUCGGCAUUGUCUCAAGACCGAAUGCUCUUGACCAGCAUGAGUACGCGGCUGAUAUUGGUUUUCGUAUUACCGAGGAACUCAGCACCUACUUCGCCAUUGAUUACUAUGACAUGGGACAAGGUGAAACAAUGAAGAAUGAUCAUAUUGCAUUGCCGGAUUUCCCGUCAGGUGCUAUGGAAAACUGGGGAAUGGUUAACUACAGGGAAGCAUUUUUGCUGUACGAUGAGGAUAACACGAAUAUGCCAAGUCAGCUAACUAUCGCUUCAAUAGUGGCGCAUGAAUUAGGUCACAAAUGGUUCGGCAAUCUUGUAACCUGUUUUUGGUGGAGUAAUCUCUGGCUUAAUGAAUCCUUUGCUAGUUUCUUUGAAUAUUUCGGUGCUCAUUGGGCCGACAGAAGUUUAGAAUUAGACGAUCAGUUCGUAGUCGACUCCGUUCACAGCGCGCUGAAUUUUGACGCAGGCCGAGGAGCCACUCCUAUGAAUUGGUCUACCGUUGCAAACAACCCAUCCGUGACUGCUCACUUUAGUACUGCCAGCUACGCUAAGGGAGCUUCGGUGCUCAGAAUGUUGGAACAUUUCAUUGGAGAGUUCAAUUUUAGAACUGCCUUGCGGUACUAUCUCAGAGAUAACGCAUAUAAGAUCUCAACACCAGCAGACAUGUAUAGUGCAUUUCGAAGAGCUGUAUCUGAAGAUCGUACCUUUGUGAAUCGAUACCCCGGUAUCGAUAUUGGAAAUGUUUUUGACAGUUGGGUACAGAACCGUGGGUCUCCAGUUUUGAACGUUGAUGUGAAUAUGGAGACUGGCUUAGUUAAUAUAGAGCAGGAGCGUUUUGUCCUUUGGGGUGAAAUUGAUAGCCCUAUUUGGCAAGUACCUGUAUCAUGGACGUCGGGGCAAAACCCCAACUUCCAAAGCACUACACCAGCUUUCGUCAUGACUGAACGAACCAUGAGUUUUAAUUCUGCUCCUGGUCAUUUUUGGGUUAUCCUAAACAUAGCGCAGUCUGGUUUGUACCGAGUUAAUUACGAUGACCACAACUGGGAAAUGCUUGCUUCCGCUCUUCGUAGGCAAAGGACUGUCUUUCACAAGUUGAACAGAGCUCAGAUCGUAAACGAUGUUCUUUAUUUCCUCCGCGCUGAAAAAAUCACAUAUGAGCGCGCGUUUGAUGUUCUCGACUUCUUGGCACAAGAAACUGACUAUUAUGUCUGGGCUGGCGCUCUCGGUCAGCUGGAAUGGUUCCGGAGAAGGUUUGAGCAUUUGCAGCCCGCACACGAGGAAUUCUCCAGAUACUUGCUGAACACCAUGGAGACGGCAAUAACUAGUGGAGGUUAUGAAGAUCGUGAUGGCGAUGAAACCAAUGUUAUAUUGCAACGCAUGCAACUCCUGAACUACGCCUGCAACACCCUUAAUCACGAGGGUUGUGUUGAUUAUGCUAAGGAACGUUGGGCGCGGUUCAAAGAGAACCGUAAUGAAUUGGUACCUAAGAAUGCUCGUCGCUAUGUGUACUGCAUAGGACUGCGAGAGGGAGAUGCCAGCGACUACGAAUUCUUGUACCAGGUCUACAAUUCUUCACAAAAUGCAGCAGACAUGGUUGUCAUUCUACGCGCACUCGCUUGUACCAAGGACGAAGAUUCAAUAGUUCAUUACCUCGAGCAGACCUUGUACAACGACAAAAUACGAAUUCACGAUAAGACUAACGCCUUCAGCUUUGCACUGCAAGGCAACCCGGAGAAUUUGCCGCAUGUUCUCAAUUUCGUCUACACUCGAUACCAAGAUAUUAUCACAUGGUAUGGUGGUGCUGCGAGACUUAACAUUGCACUCAAUAGCAUUACAAACCAUUUAACUGAUUUUGAAACUAUUCAAGAGUUCCAAACUUGGUUAUAUGACAACCAACUAUUCCUGCCUGAAUCAUUCCAAACUGGUAGAAAUGUAAUAAGCACAGCUAUGGACAACCUGGAAUGGGGCAACAGCCUCGCGCUAGGCGUUUUCAAUCAAGUCAGGCAAAGAAAUUCUGCAACUGUUGCAAAUACCUCUAUUGCUCUUUUAAUCGCCGCUGCAAUAGCUCAUUUGUUUUAUAAUUAAUUGAUUGUAGAAUAAGAUAUAACCUGACCUGUAAUUUCGCCCCAAGUAUUCGUGUUUUAUCGUUCGUUUCCUCGCAUUGAUGAAAGUGUUUAAAGUUGGUCAUCUUGAUAUAAUAUUUAUGUGUUCUGUUUUGCAUCACAUCGUUAAAUCCAGAUAUGAAUAGUUUCGAUUGAACGCACAGUAAACACAGUUUAAUUGUUUUUAACAUCGCCUUUUUUAUAAAGAAAGCGUUGGCCAUCUUAUAUUAAGUUAUUGUAAUGACAUUUUACGGCUCGUGUUUUUUAAAAUAAAUUUACUUUA